GAUUUAAACUUGGUGGGAAUAUAAAGUAAUUGAAAUUAGUUGAGAAUUCAAAAAGUUUGUUAGUGAGCAAGGCGUGGAUGAAGAUGAAGAUGAAUAAAGCUUGCGAUCUCAGCUCUAUCUCUGUUCUUCCUCCUCCUCAAGCCAGGCGAACAAAUGCUGUUGCGAAUAAUGGAGCCGAGUCUUCGGUUUUCGGAAGGAGUCAGGCAGCUUCGCAGCUUCGAUCGCAGCAGCAAUCGCAGCAGUCGUUUUCUCAAGGAGUUUCGUCUCAGCCUAAUAUGUUCUCGCAGCUCACUCAGAAUCAGAAUUCGCCUGAUGACAUUGCGAUCAAUGAUCAGAGAUUUGGUUCCCAAGAGCGAGAGAUUACAACAAAAAGGUUGUCUUCAUUGCCACCAAUUAGCCACACACGAGAAGAGAGUCAAAAUCAAAUUUCAAGAUCCUCCACAAAUUUUCUCCGCAAAUGGCAUGCUCCAGAUCAGAGGAAUCAGAUCAAUGAAGAGCUUGAAUACAGGAUUGGGAUGAUGGAGACGUCAUUGAGCAGAUUUGGGAUGAUAUUGGACUCCAUUCAAAGUGAUAUUAUGCAAGUGAACAAAGGAAGAAAGGAACUGGCACUGGAGAUGGAAAGCAUUCGGCAGAAGUUGAAUGCUAGCGACAAUACAUUGCAAUUAAUGAACAAGGGGCAAGAUGAUGUCAAAGUUAACCUCGACAGGGCUGUGAACACAAUUUGUGACCAGCUCGGCCAAUAUGGAUAUCAAGAAAGUUCACAUGAUAUGAUCUCUUUGCUCACAGCUUUACCUGAGAAGAUUGAAUUGUGUACGCAAAAGUUAAAAAAUGAUAUCUGUAAGAGUUUCAGCAAAGAAAUGCAGGGAAUGGCUUGCAGCCAACAGAUACUUAAUCAAAAGCUCAUUUCCGCCGUCCAUCUGUCAAAGGAUAUGGAUUAUCGUGUUUCCCCACCAGAAAGGCCAUCAAACAAGAAUCCCCUCUCUAGACUGCCAGAGUCUAAAACAGUACUCAGUAGUUCUGUGCAAGCAUCGCAAGUUAAGGUUCAAAAAGAUUCUGCAGCAGUAAAGAUUGAAAUGGGUACCUGGAAGUCCGUAAAAUCUAAACAAGCUACUUUUACUGACAGAAAUUCUGUUAAGGCACAGAAACAGAGAGGAACCUCUCCCACUGAAGUGGAAAGGGUUUCCAGGAUUAACAUUGAAUCAGAUGAGGAGAUGAGCAGAGAUUUUUUCUACUUCCUUGAGGAUAAGGAAACAGGCACCGGCAAUUUUUCAAUGCAAGACGCCCGAGAAGAGAGUGAAAGGAUUCUUAGAAAAGCAAGGAGAAGAAAAAGAAAGCACAGCAACACUAUCAUUAUAAACUGAAGGCAAACGAGGAGGGACCAGUAAUUGUCAGCGUUUUGGAACCAAAAUACCAAAUUGUAAGACUCUCGUUUGACUUGCAAAAAUUUGAUAAACUUAGGGAGCGUUUGGAUGAAGAUUGGGAAUGGGAAACGGGAAUGAGAAUGAAGAGUAUGAGAUUGAGGGUUAAUGGGAAUGGGAAUGAUAUGGAAAUCCAGGGGGUGGGAAGGUAUGAUUUAACCACUUAAAAGGAUCGGGGUUCUCAUUCCAUGCAACCAAAUAACUAAUCAAAACACUUAUACAUGAGAUUGAGGUUCCGAUUCCCGUUAACCAGACUCAUUAACCAUGAACCAAACACCCUCUUAUCGUAUUUCAUAUCUUGAAACAAAUAUAAUCAGAAGAAUUCCAAGUAUGCAACAGAAAAUGUCAGAAAUAUAUCAGGGCAAGCUCAUUAUAUAAAAUAGUAUAUACAGUUAAACCUCGACUAAGUAAUAUCCGAUAAAGUAAUAACCUCGCUUAAGUAAUAAAUUUUGUCGGUCCCGACUUGGGCCAAUGUUGUAAAGUAAUAUUUUCGCUAAAAGCAUAAGAUAAUAAAAAUUUAGAAAUUUAUUAAAGGCCCAGGUAAUAUGUAAAGUAAUAAUUGUUGAAAUAUAUAUAUAUAUAUAUAUAUAUAUAUAUAUAUAUAUAUAUAUAUAUAUAUAUAUAUAAUGUAUAUGAAUUACAAAAUUAAGUUUUUUUUAAAAAAAUAUGAAUCUAUAGUAGUUUAUUUCUUCUUUCCACCAAGGCCAAAAUUAACCUCAUCCUUGACUUUAUGUAAAACAUAAAUAACUUCAGGUAUGUUUUGCUCAUGUUGUAUAUAUAGUUAAUCUCAAAGUAUUAUUAUUUAAUAUUAAGUUUAUGUUUAUGAAUUUAUCUUUUAGAAUUACAAUAAACAUUAGACGAUUGAGUUUCAAGAUGGUGUACAAUACCUAUACACUGCACAUGUUAUGGUACAUGUAUACUCUAUUUAGAUCUAGUACAUGCAUGAAUUUGGUUUUUGCAUAUGAUUAGUUAUUAUAAAAGUAAUUUUAAAUCAAACACAUUGUAUGUGACUGAUUCUUGUUCUUAAAAAUAAUGAAUUAUAAUUUGUUAACAUAUAGAAAUCGAUAAAAUAAUAAAAUAUUACUUUAUCAAUAAAGUAAUAAAAUAUUAUUAUAUCGAUAAAAUAAUAAAUUCGGUAAAGUAAUAUUUUUUCCCGGUCCCAAGGGUAUUACUUUAAAGAGGUUUAACUGUAGAUUAAUUCUGGAGUGUCCCUCUUGCACCCGUGGGGAUCCUCGUGGUACCUGAGUGGGUGGACGUGUUAUAAUUUAUCAUGGAGGGUUAACACUGCAGACAGUCUUAAAACAUCAUUGUGAUUUUCAGCCUCUGGUUUCAGAAAUGACAUAAAGUGCUGGUAUCUAUUACACAAUUGGACAUGACAGAAACACAUGAGUCGAAUUUGAUUAGCGUAAUUUGAAGUGCUAGUUUAUCAGUGCUAGUAGUACGCUGAUAGAAACAAAUAAUUGCAAGAUAACAGUCGCCCAUUGAACACAAGAUGCGCUUCAAAACCCUUGUGGCGUCUUGAAAAUAAGCCACAUGAAAUCACUAGUCCACUGCUAAAUCCGAAUAUUCUUCGGCCGAUGGCUUUUAGUUCAGUACUAAGCAAAUAACUAGGACUAGAUAAUUGGUAAUCAAAGCUUUAAUCAUUUGGGUAGUUGUUUUAAGUAGAAUUCAUCUAGUUUCAGGCUUAAGUCAUAUUUACACAUUUCUCGCACAGUCUCGAGGCUUUCCAAAGAGAUACACUUGGUAUGAACUUUCUUUAUAUGAAUCUGUAAGUCUAUGGUACAUCAGCAAGCAACAAAUAGAUUAUGCUCGUAUUAGAAGCCAAGGUAUCUGCAAUAGCAUGAAGAAAAAAAUCCCAUUUUUUUUAACAUCUUUGAGCUUUUACGAGGAUGUUUGUGGGCCAGCUAAUCUUAGUUGUGUUUAUUUAUCGUUUUGCCAAUUAUUUUAUAUAUGCCAACAUUAUUCUGUAUAAGAUUAAUAAUGUGUGUUGUUGAUACUCCCAGCUUUUGUAAUCAUAUAUCGCCGUUGAGCUCAAGAGUAGUUGCGUCACAACAGCUCCAUUUUGGCUCUUGUUUAGUAAAUAAAACUGCAAUAACGCGUGCGUGUGUGAUUACACAGAUAAGCCAAGUAUUAAUGUCUUUCCUAUAGCUGUUAUCUUGUCUUUUCAGGUAGUGAAGACAGAAAUAAGGUCUAUUUAGUUUUUUAAUCAACCAUUACUUGACUAAUUCAUCUUACUUGAUCCUUAAUUCUCUAAAACAAUGUAAAGUUCAACGAAAGGUCCAAUAUUUUUGGCGUUUAAUCGCCCGUUUUAUGAUGAAGACGGAGAGUGGUUUCAAUUUCAUGCCUCAAUUUCUAUUAGUCGUUGGACAGUCCCUUUUACUAGAAACCCCAAUUUUUAAUUCAUAGGAUGAGUCAUGAUUACGGUUUCCCAAAGUUUUCCAACUCACAAUGAUCUUGUCUAUUCUUAUUUUAUAGCUGCUGUGACAAAUCUUUAUUACUUUAACGAGUACAACUUAUCCAACUUUUACUUUCCUGCUUUAAUUUUUUCUUGAA